AGCGGGGGGACAAGAUGGCGGCGGGCGCCGCUGCCCUCAACUGGAGGCGGGUUUCUUCCUUCACGGGGCCGGUGCCCCGGUCCCGGCACGGGCACCGCGCCGUGGCCAUCCGAGAGCUAGUCAUCAUCUUCGGCGGAGGCAACGAAGGCAUCGCCGACGAGCUGCACGUGUACAACACCGCUACCAACCAAUGGUUUCUUCCUGCUGUUAGAGGAGAUAUCCCACCAGGCUGUGCAGCCCAUGGUUUUGUCUGUGAUGGUACCAGAAUACUAGUAUUUGGAGGAAUGGUUGAAUAUGGAAGAUAUAGUAAUGACCUAUAUGAAUUGCAGGCAAGUCGAUGGCUAUGGAAAAAAAUGAGACCUCAGCACCCAUCAGCAGGCUUGCCACCUUGCCCUCGCCUUGGCCACAGCUUUUCUCUGUACGGCAACAAGUGUUACUUAUUUGGUGGGUUGGCAAAUGAAAGUGAAGACACGAACAAUAACAUUCCCAGAUAUUUAAAUGAUUUCUAUGAACUGGAGCUACAGCAUGGUUCAGGCGUCAUGGGCUGGAGUAUUCCAGUGACUAAAGGAGUGCUGCCUUCACCCCGAGAAUCACACACAGCUGUUAUAUACUGUAGAAAAGACUCUGGAAACCCAAAGAUGUUUAUUUUUGGAGGGAUGUCUGGCUGUCGACUUAAUGACCUUUGGGAGCUUGACAUAGAAACAAUGACUUGGUCGAAACCAGAAAUUAAAGGGACAGUGCCACUUCCCCGUAGUCUCCAUACAGCCAAUGUAAUAGGAAACAAAAUGUACAUUUUUGGUGGAUGGAUUCCACAGAGCACAGAUGAUAAUGUGUCUUCUCAAGAUGGAGAAUGGAAAUGUACUGGCUCAUUUUCUUACCUAAACUUAGAUACCACAGAAUGGAUAGGUCUGAUAGGAGAUUGCCAGGAAGACAAAAAUAACCUGUUGCCAGGCCCAAGGGCUGGCCACUGUGCUGUCAUAGUUGGCACUCGCCUGUAUAUAUGGAGUGGCAGAGAUGGAUACAGAAAAGCUUGGAACAAUCAGGUUUGCUGCAAGGAUCUUUGGUAUCUAGAUAUUGAGAAACCACCAGCACCAUCACAAGUACAGCUGAUCAGAGCUACUACUAAUUCAUUCCAAGUUAAAUGGGAUGAAGUUCCUACUGUUGAAGGUUACCUUCUUCAAUUAAAUUUGGAGAUGCCAACACCUGUUACAGCUGAAAUACCUAUUAACAUGGCACCCGAAGCAUCAUCACCAAGCGUGCAAGGAAUCAAGCUGGAUCUUCACAGCCAAACGCUCAAUAAAGUCCCAAACAACGUGCAAAUUUCAAUUUCAGAAACUAAAGUAAAGGUCCCAGAACCUGAAAAUGCAGAGAAAGACCAUUCCGCUUCCAAAGAGUCCAGCACCUCUUUAUGUUUGCCUGCUAGCACUUUAGUUAAAGAGAUUGCUGUUACCCCAACAAGAGUUGCUUCUGUUAGUCCAAAUGAUUCAGCUAUACAAUUGCCUAAAACUUCACCACCAAAGCAGAAGGCAAGAAAACAAGAACGAAGGUGGUAUGAUGUUGGCAUUUUUCAAAGCAACAGUGCUCUAGUGAACCAGUUCUAUUUGUUGCAGGAAGAAAAGGCCAUAAUUUCCAGCAAGGUAGAUAAUGCAGAAAUUCCAAACAACAGUUUACUUAAGAAACAGGAUCUUGCUCCUGGCACUUUAUACAGGUUCAGGGUUGCGGCAAUUAAUGGCUGUGGCGUUGGGCCAUUCAGUAAAGUCAGCGAAUUUAAGACCUGUAUCCCAGGAUUUCCUGGAGCACCUUCCAUUGUCAAAAUUAGCAAGAGUGCAGAUUGUAUUCACCUUUCAUGGGAACCUCCAGUUUCGCCUUCAGGAAAUAUCUUGGAAUAUUCUGCUUACUUGGCUAUAAGAACCACCCAGCUGAAUGAAAAUCCUCAUCAGCUUAUGUUCAUGAAAAUAUAUUGUGGCCUUAAGACCUCAUGUACAGUGACUGCUGCCCAACUUGCAAAUGCCCACGUUGAUCACACAUCCAAACCUGCCAUAGUUUUUAGGAUUUCAGCCAAGAAUGAAAGGGGAUAUGGACCGGCCACGCAAGUUCGAUGGCUGCAAGAAAUGAAAACAUCAAGUUCAAAGUAGAAAUGGCACAUUGUGCUGCAAGUUGUGAAAUAGCUGUUAGCUCUCAUGGCAUUUUGUAACUCUGUCAGAUAUUUCAUUUGAUAUUGUCUUAACUUCACAGCAUCAGCGUUGUACAGUCUUGCAGAACUGCACCUGUAGUGGCUGCAUUUUUCAUACCACUUUAUCUAGUAAGGUCACUUUAGAGUCCCAUGCUGAUAACUCAGAGGAUUACAUAUGCAUCUAGAUUUUUGGAGUCUUCCUUCCAAUAGCUCCCAACACAUACAUCCCCAGUUGCAUUAGCUUCCAAUGGAUAUAGAAGGGCUGUAGCACAGUGGCAGAGGAUUUGCUUGCAUAAAAAAGGACUCAAGUGCAGUUUGGCAUCUCUAGAGAGAAUUGGGAAAGACUCCUCUCUGGAGAGUCAGUGUAGACAUUAUUGAGCUAGAUAGAGUAAUGGUCAGACUCAGUAUAAAGCAGCUUCCUGUGUUCCUAGACAGAGAUGCUCAGUUUUAUUUUAAAAUUUGCAGAAUUUAAAAAGCUAGUUUGUGAUUUGGCACGAGAAUGAGUGGAGUGAGUUUGUCAGUUUGAAAAUCAAACGUGUUUCCUUCUUCCCAUGUAUUCAGAUUUACUGGUGGGAAUGACAACCAGUGCUAUUUUUCUAGAAAAAGAGGUGCCAGAACUCGCCAUGAACACCUCCCUUGUUCUCUUAUAAUGGCAGUGACACCCACUGGAGAGGUGCCGGAACUGAGUUCUGGUGAGUUCCAGCUGAAAAAAAGCCCUCGUAUGGGAGAAGUCUCUGAAGAGCUCAGCAUUGGUCUCUGUGCUGAGGCAGCAGAUCUUGUGCUCUGUUCCCCUGGCAUUCUUCUGUCCAAACAAGAAUUAAAAGAAGAUCUUCACCUAAGCUGAUGGCUAGCUGAGGGAUGAGUGGACAUCUUUCUCAAGGACAGGCUGAUUUCAGCUGCCACUUCAGGCUCGACCUGUUAUGCCCACUUCAAUGCCUUUUAAGACUCUGUGUGUAUUACAUGGCUUGUACUUUACAACAGAGAUGGUGAAAAGAUGCCAGAGGGCAAAGGCAAGUCUUCCAAAAAACUGACCAAUUGGUUAGACAAAGCGACAUCACAUAAUCAAGUCAGCCCUGAAGACUCGCAAGCGAAUGCAAAAGAUAUAGGUGAUCAUAAAUGAGCAGGAGUUGCUCACUCCCCAUCUUGAUCUUCAUGCAGAUCUGUUCUCCUUUGGCUUAUAUUCCAUAUUCAUCAUGUUAUCUUAGUGCUGGGCGAGUUAUUUCAGUUUACAGUAACUUAAAAUGUAUAGAAUAUUUUAAUAUAUUCAUUUUUGUAAAGAUUUUUCUAGUGUUUGGAAACACAUUCUAAUCUUGGAAACUAUCCCCUGAUGAUAUGCAAAUUGCUCAACUGGUCAAAUCUGUUAUGAAAAACAAACUUAGUGUAAAUGCACUACUCUUAGUUUCUCGUGGGCAUGGGAACGUUAAAUAUGUACAUAUUUUGAAUGUUUACAAGAGUCUUUACAUGUUAAAGUCCUCCAUGAUGUAUGCUUCAUUUUUUAAAAAAAAGAAAAGAAAACUGUAUGCUUUGUUUUGGCAUAUUCAUGCUAUUUUGCACUAAUAAGAAUUUAAUUUCGUAACAUUUUUGUGUUGUUUCCGGAAAAUUUCUGUAGUGGUCUAAAGUUAAAGCAAAUUUGCACAUAUUUGCAUGCUUCUGUGGCGUACAUUUUUCUUUUCCCAUUAAUUUUCUCCAUGGCUUGUUUUUGCCUUAGUUUUUAUAUCCUAAUGGUGUUGUUUCAUAUACUUUUUACCUUGAUCAUCUUAUCACUAAUGUGCCAGCCGCUUCAGGCUCCUUCACUUUUUUCCUACAAGGGAGUAGAGAAAAACAGCAUGUGCACUGCAAAAAAAGACACCAGGACAAUGUUCAUCUAUGGCAGAGUACAUGGCUAUGCAUAUUCACCCUACACCUUUGUAGCAAAAAUGUUGUGCGUGAAGCGAUCCUUAAUAGGAAUGUUAAUCUGUUCCUAAACACACAAGUGUACUAAAUAGAGGCAGUUGGAUGCCGUUUUAUAAAUAAAUAGUUAUUUACCAAAUUAUAGAGUAAAAUAGCUGAAAUAUGCCAGUAUGCUUGGUCAGCCUUCUCCAGCCUGGUGCCUCCACAGCUGUGUGGAAUCUGAUGUGAGUUGUAGUCCAAAACAUCUGGAAGUCGCCAAGUUCGUGAAUAUAGCAUAAAGGCACAAUCCAACAGGGACAUGGCUUUGUGAACAGCUGUGCUAUUUACAUUCAUUUGGAUGGGCCCUGUGCAGGUUCCUAUGGAUUGCAUCCUUUGGCAUUUAAAUAAGAUUAUUUUGUUUAGAAACUUGGCUAAAUGCAAAUGUGCAAUAAAGUGAAAAUUUUGCACUUAUUUUUUUUCUAUCAAUGCCUAAUAAAUUAAAGAUGGGAAGUACUCUAUCUACAAGAUCAUUUUUAAAGUGGAUAGGGUAAUGCUAGUGGUUUGCAAUCAUUCCUUGUUCACUCUAACAGGACUUCUUUGAGGAAGGCUGCUAGUAGUCCAUUUUGAAAUGGGGGAACUGAAGGUGAGAGAAUGUGACUUGUCCAAAGUCUGUGCAAAACCCAACUCAUGUAGCUUCAUCCCCAGUAGCGACUAACAUGGUAAGGAAAAGAGACUUGGUCAAAUAACCACCAAGAGAUUCAGUACAUCAGAACUUGUGGCCUUUCCUUUAACAGUAGAAUAUUAUCUUCACAGUAGAUAUGUUGGCACAGUGUAAAUACUGCAGCACAAUUGAUAAUCCCAUGAAAGACCAAUGGCAAACAUUUCUUAAGCAUUCUUGAAUCGAUAAAAAAUUAAGUAGCACUUUCUGUUGGCUACUCCCUAAAGAAGGGGGCGGGGUUUACAUCAAUUAAGUUGUGUCUAUGAUAAUGAGAGAUGUCAAUUGAUUAAUAUGAGGCUUGGUGUAUUUUAUAUAUCAAGAUAAACAUGCCAGGCCACUUUUAUAACUGCACACCCAGUUAAAUGGGUUAUACAUUGAGUUCAUCAAUAGAACUUACAUGUUCAAUUUUUAUGUUGGAAAGGUAUCAGUCAUGGAACUUUAUAAUACUGUGUCAGUUUUGGUUUCCUAAGGUGUGCAGGGUGAAAUUAAUGAACGUUUCAUUCAAGUUACACACACUUUCUAAAAUUAUACCCAAUUCAGAAAAAGUAUGUGAAGCUGUCGUCAAGAGUCUGAAUAUCCUUGGUAAUUAAAAUUAUACAAGCUACACAAUGAGUACAGAAUAUCUUGGGACCUCAGAUAAGACUUAGGUUGUUCUUAACUAGUGCUGUGAAAUCUAAACUUCAGGAAACGUUUAUGGUCAGAGGGUUAUAUCCAACAGAGUCGUUGCGCUUUUGGAGCAAAUUCCACUGGUGCAGCGGAACAUUUCCUCCCCUCUCCCUGUGUACCCCUGAAUCUGCUCUUGGGUUUCCUUCAGGGCCCCAGAACAGAUUUGAGAGGUGCAGGGUCACAGGGAUGGGAGAAGUUCCAUUGUGUGAGUGGAUGUCCUUCCACAGCUGGAGUGACUUCAUUGAAUUCAACCUACAGUCUUCAAAGCUAAAGUAAGGCCUCUGUAGUGAGAUAAAUGCUAUUGCCAGAACCUUAGUUCUUCCCUGAAUUGUCAUAGACAAGCAAUGUGCUUCCCUUCCCUUUGGUCACCACACACUACUUCCAACUCUGGAUUGGAUCUAGAGCUGCCAUAGAAUUGUAAAGAAACUUUUCAUAUUAAGGGGGGGGCAAUCUAAACAAUUGUGUAUUUUUUUAUGAAAAAGAACUGUUUUAAGGGAGGCAAGCUGUGACAGAAUGUGAGAAAUCUUGUGUGGCUACUUAGCUACGAAACUUUUGAUUGUAGAUACAUUACUUAACAAUAUGAUCUGUUGAGUAUAUCUGUGAGUAUUUUUGCACUUUGAGUUCAUGUUUCUGCACUUGUUUUUAAGGGUAUGUCAUGACUACCAAAGGUAAAUUUGUGGCAGUGUUAAUCCAGACAUGAGUUUCAGUGUAAGUGUGCUUAUGCCAAUAGGCUCUUACAUAAUUUGUCAUAUGUCUACAGUCUUCCCCUAUAUACAUGAGAUUAGUAACAUGCUUAUCAAUUUUCUAUAGUUACCCCCCACCCCAAUUGUAUAACUAUUUUUGUGGCCUGUUUCUGUCAAUAACACUUAAAAUAUAUAAAUCCCACUUUAAAUUUUAUAUUUGAGGCCUAUUCUAUGUAGUGUAAAUAUCUAAUCAAUAUAUUUGGAUAUCUGACCCAUUAGAACAAGCAUCCCCAAACUUUGGCCCUCCAGAUGUUUUGGACUACAAUUCCCAUCAUCCCUGACCACUGCUCCUCUUAGCUAGGGAUCAUGGGAGUUGUAGGCCAAAACAUCUGGAGGGCCACAGUUUGGGGAUGCCUGCAUUAGAAUUUCACUGAAAAUAUAAAUUAAAUCAGGCUGUUUGAGAAACUGGUGAAUGCUCCUUUUGUUUGCAUUUGUUAAAAUGUAUGUGCAACAUCUUGUCUAAAUCUGAAUCCAUCUUAUAGCAACUUCAAGGAAUAAUGUAUGAAAAUUAUAAGUAGAAACAUCCAUGCUAUUUAUGACAUACUACAUCCAUUUAACUUAAGAUGUUUUGUGACAAUGAAUAUAUAGCUAUGUGAACAAGUAACUGGCCAGAUUUGCAUGAUUAUAUCUUGACUUAAUAAGCCACAAUAUGAAAAAGACAUUUGGUUGCACAUGUAAGCCCUUGGGAUUUUAGGUAGUCAGAAUCAGAAGCCUCUUAUUAACCAUAGUUCCCUAUUUUGUCUGAACUAGGAAACUAUGGUAACCAACUUCAGGAGAAGUCAGAAUAUUAAACCACUACUUGAAGUUGGUUGUUUAUUCUCACUUGUUCCAAAAGAAGCAACAGUCAUUUCCCAGUGUGGAAACAACGGGAAACUGUGGUUCAAUAGAGGCUUCCUGGUUGGAAAGUGCUGUCAAAAGGCUAUCUUUGUUUCUUGAGGCAAGAUACAUUUACAUGAAUGCGGCCAUUAUUAUGUAUGAUUUAUAGCAAUAUUUGACCAUAGUUUUGAAGUAGAGCACAUCAGCAAGCCAUAAACUUUAACAAAAAUGGUAUCAGUUAACUGGAAUGUUGAGGAUAUGGUUAAAGCCAGCUACCGGAAGUUACUGUCUUAUGGCUGAAAUAGUCUCUACAAGGAAAUCCAGUAUUUUGUACAACAAAAGUAGCAUUGUUCUUUGUAAUAAUAAAGUGAUUUGUCCUAAUAAUCAU